UAGCCAAUCAGAGGCGAUAAAGUGAGCACAUGAAACUAUGGUAACAACCGUUAGCUUACCUUAGCACAGAUGAAAGUUAAAACAGAGACGUUUAGCAAACUGUUGCUCUGUUGUCUCAUUUCAGACAGCUGGUGUUCAAAUUUCCGACGGCCCCUAAAGGUAGCAUCACACCCUAAUUUUUACCAACAUACGGGUCUUUGUGUGUGUGUGUGUGUGUGUGUGUGUGUGUGUGUGUGUGUGUGUGUGUGUGUGUGUGUGUGUGUGUGUGUGUGUGUGUGUGUGUGUGUGUUGGGGCAGCACAGCACAGCGGGUUGAUGACAGCUGUCAGAGCGGACUGAAGCUGCUCCUGUCCCCGGGAAGAAGCCGGAUGGUUGUCCGCUGAUCCUCCGGCAGAGUGAGAGGACAGUCCCGCGUCAUUACCGGGUUAUUAUUCACAGGUAAGUGUCGUUCACACCUGACGGUUAACCUGUCACUAACUAUAACGGGUUAGCUCUGUAGCGGCGGCUAACAGGUUAGCCUCAGAGCUAACUGUUAAAGAGGUCAGCUAACGUUAGCGGGAUCUCGGGUUAGGGUCUCCGCUCCGUGGGGACAGGUGAGGACAGGUGAGGUCUGCAGUAGUUUGUGUAAACCUCAGAGGAAACAGGUGAAACAGGUGAAAGGUUCACCGGUUUAACUCUUCACCGGAGACUGAGACGCCGUUAGCCGCAGUUAGCCGUUAGCUAACCUUAGCUCCCGUUAGACGGAGCCGGAGGCUAAUGCUAACAGGGCGGCUCAUACACCGUCAGCUAACUGACUCACUCAGCUUUAUUCAUGUAUUAAACUAUUAAUAUCUUAUUUACAACAGUUUUUAUUAACUAUAAUUAAAGAGACGUAAACAUACUAACAUACUGUCAAGAUAAAAUCAGCAGCUAAAGUAAACUAACUAUAAAAGAAUAAUCAGAACAAUUAUAAUUAUAGAAACAACAGACUAUAAAAUUAAAACCAAUGAAUGAAUUAUAAACUUUAACAGGUUAGUUUAACUCAUUUAAUACAUGUCAGUGAUUUAGAUUAACAUCCUAAUGUUAUUCUAACUAUUGAAGGUUGUUAUUUUAACUUUGUUUGGUGUUAUUUUUGUACAUCUUUAGUGGUUUUUAAUCCUGGCAUUGAGUAUUUGAGUGUUGUUUCAGUAGUCUAAAUAUUUUAAUAAAUUAGUGUAGUGUAGUGUAGUUAUAUUCUACUUACCAACAGUGUUUUUUUCUAACAUUUUAGUGUGGUUUUGUCAUUAUUCAUUUUAUUUUCAUUUAUUAAUAUUUGUCAAACGUGCGUACAACACAAGAAAGUAAACAAAACCAGUGAGAAUAUUCAAAACAACAACAACAACAAUAAUCAAAGCUAAAAAGUAAAAAUAAAAAUAGAAAAUACAAAUUAUAAUAAUGGGAACCCAAUGUGUCUGCAAAGAAGUAGGGUGAAGCAUUCUGCUUUUUUUUUUAAUCCUACCCCUUCUUCUCUACUCAAUAAUCAGUCUCUGGGAUAUUUACAUUGUAAUAACAAAUUACAAGUUACAUUUCAGUUUUAUAUCCUGAUAUUGAUUGAUAUCGACUGAUAUGACAAAGUAUAUCAUGAUGAAAUUUUUCCCAUAUCGCCGAGCCCUCGUCUUCAGAUAUAGUCAGUAUGAAGUCAGUUCGAAACACAAGUAAAAACUCCAAAAUAUUUCUGAUGACAUUGUGCUGUAAAUGCAGUCUCAGUCAUUUGUGUUUCCAGCUCUAAUCAGCUGUUUCCUUGGUGACACUAACCCCCUUUUUACACUUUGAUUCUCUUAAUUAUGACUCAGAUCAUGAAUGGAAUCACCUCCUUAAACUUCUGUUGGUGCGCUCAGUUGGUUACAGCUAUCAUAAAGGGGAUCACACUGAGAGCAUGCUCGAACCCUGAUGAAGACGUCAUGUGAACUUCAUGUCUGUACUGUCAGGAAUGUGGUCUGGACAGUGAGAUUUAAAAAAAGACCUCACACUCUGAGUCCCCUAAAAAAUAUCUGCCAAGAUUUUUACAUCCCAGCGAAUGAAGCAGCUGGUCGAGUCUCAGCAACAGUUGGAGAUCUACUGGCUAAAGCGUACAUAUUUUUUCUUUGAUAAUUCAUUUAACACAAGCGGCAUGAAAUUACCUACGUUUUUAUGUCUUUACCGUACGGGUGGAGGAAAAAUUGGGAUUGAAACGGCAGAUUUUCCAGGAGAUUUUCCAAGAAAUUUGGAAACGAUGUCGCUGACUCUGUGUCUGUGCUUUUACAAUAAUGUAAAAUGCCUUCAUGAACUUUAAGAUGUCACAGGGACAUUUUUUUACAUGAUCUAAAAAAUGUUGAAUAAUCCUUAGAAAGUCCAAAGACUUUAAGAGAUUUUAAAUGUUGAAUUGAAUUUCUGUGUAAAUGUCUGAGUGAGAUAUGAUGGGUUUUAAAAGUUUGAAUGGAGAGAAGGUCAGACUGAAAGUUAAGGUCUCUAGGUUUAAAAAUGUGAAACCAAAAUAUUUACUGUAACUCAGUGUUAAUUAAAGCUGGUUGGUGUCAGUCUGUUAAUCAGAGCUGUGAGUUUAAUAUGAGCGUGUUAAUGAGAGAGAGAGAGAGUUAAUUAAACACUCUUAUUUCAGGUUCAUUCAACAUUUGACUUUAUUUUAUACAACUGUGGCAGAACAGUCUUUCUGCAGCUGCUCUUCCUCUCUUAGGUGUGUUUUUUUUUCCUCAUGUGUCACACUCAGGUGUGUGUUUCUGUCUCUCAGGUGUCUCACUCAGGUGUGUGUUUCUGUCUCUCAGGUGUCACACUCAGGUGUAUCAGUGGAUAUCUGGUGGGUUAAACGCAGCUGGAGGAGAGAUGGGGACUCAGGGCUCAGGACGGAAACGAGCUCCUCUCAAAGAUCGAUUCUCUGCGGAGGAUGAAGCUCUGAGCAGCAUCGCCCGAGAGGUCAGAGCACGAAAACAAACGCUGCGGCAACACAACACACACACACACAUACACACACACACACAGUUUUAAUGUGUUUUAACUCUGUGGUGAGUGGGUUGUGAGGUUGUAUUACCUCAAAGUGCUUCUGCAUGUCAGCAAACGAGGCUCUAAUAUAAAUAUAAUGUAAAUAAAACAGGAUAUGCUGCUCCAGUAGAAGGUUCAAGUGUCACUCAGGUGUUGUCUACCUGCUCAUCAGGACCUUACAUUUGAAUGAACAGGAGGAGAGAGGAGAAACUGUCAUCACUGCUUUCUUCUGUUGUCUAUAUUCAGUGUUUCUGAGCUUUUAUUUUGGUAGGAUUGGGUCCACUUGUUGAACUGGGUGUUCUGAUUGAUUAUGAAAUAUGUUGAUAUAAAGAGACCAGCUCUCUCUGAUCCAAAUUCUCCAGUCUUGAGGAACAGAGGACCUUAAACUCUUCUGACCUAUUUCAAGACUCUGGGAGCAGAAAGCAAAAAUCUGUCCGGUGUCUGGGUCACAGAGAAAAGACUGUAGCCUCCAACAUAUUUCAUAUUUAUAACAUUACAUAGAUAAGAGGAGGGCACCUCAGAGCUCCAUGAUAAACAGUUUCCAGAGAGUGAAGGCUUUGAGAUGAUGCAUGCAUUAAUAAAACAUCACGGCAAUCGAUGAGGAGCAUAAAUGCAGCAGUAAGUCUUUUCUCUGCGGCAAAACAAAAACAGGACUAAGAGAAGGUCAGCCAGCUUCAACUUCUUUAUAAGUUUCUGUAUAUGACAUUAAUAAGACAGAGAAUCAUCCGGUAAGAGUCCUGAGUAUUUGGGAGAAGACACAGACUCAAUCACGUCACCUGGAGUUGUAGAAACAGACGACAGGAUCAGCUGAUUUGUCUCCGAGUUUUUAAACAUCAGUGAUGUUCAGUGUCACAACAGCAUCUUUUAGGAGACAGAGAGUCUGAUACUGUGUUUAAGAGGAGCAGUGAAUAACACGUCAUCCUAAUACAAAUGGAGACACUUUGACUGAUACUGUAGAUAUAAACUUUAAAGAACAGAGGUCCCAUAACAGAGCCCUGAGGCACGCCGUUUACGAUGUCAGGAGGUCUGGAUGUGAGGUCUGCACAGACUGUGAUCUGUUUGAUAAAUGAACCAGCAGAUAGAUGGUUCAGACAGUCCAGUAUGAAGUCGUCUCUGUUUUAUAAUCGUGUGGUCCAUAGUGCUGAAAGUUAUCAAACUGAACAAGUCAAAGUUUGGGAAGGUGAUGCCGUCUUCUGACUUUUUAUCCUUAAUUUUUAAGGUUUGCUCAAACAUAGAUGCAACAACCUGUGACACAACAAGACUUCAGUGACAAAAUGAUUGCACACACGUACACACACACACACACACACACACACACACACACACACACACACACACACACACACACACACACACACAGAGCUGUGUUACUUUGAUUGGUAAAUGUGCCUCAUUAAUUUGAAGUUGUUUUUUACUGUCUUUGUCGUCUUUCUGAUGUGUUUGUCAAACUUGAAUUAAGACGUUGGAGCUCCGCCUAAAACCUUCAACUCAUUUACCCUCUUAACUUCUUCCUCCUGGAUUGUUACCGUGUGUUUUUCUGGUUGUGUAGUUUUUCUGUUUUGAUGAUGAUGGUGAGGAUAAUGAAGGAGAUGAAGUAUAUCCUGAGCGAUGUUCCUCUUGGUCAGCAGGUCUUGAAUGAAAACAACUGUUUCUGAUUUUGAAGGAACUUUAUGAGAACAUGAGGUUGUAUAAAACAGGCCUGAGAGACACUGAAAUCCCUCCGAGUAGGAAUCUGUUCAGUGGAGUUUCUGAACAUAACCCCUGGUCGUGUGUUUAGGUGGAGACAGCUGUUUGAAGCGCAGACACACUCUGACUUGUCUUGUGGUGUUUUUGUGUCUCUACGUGGAGGAGGGAAGCAGCCAAGCCUGUAACAACAUGUCCGGAUUAUUCCAUCUGUUCGUCAGCAGCAGGAGUAAGCUGUCUGCCUCUGCGUUAAAACAACAUCGAACCGAACUUUCAUCGUUUAAAGGUGUAAAACUUUUAAGAAAAAGAGGGGAGGUCCUCUGGAUGAAUAAAUAGUUGUUAGUCUGAGAGAAUCCUUCCUGUAUGAGUGUAAAGCACCACCUCCUGUGUGUGUGUUCGUAUGUGUGUGUGUUCGUGUGUGUGUGUGUGUGUAUGUGUGCGCUCUGUGGAGUCAUGCAGGCCAAUCAUAGAAACAUGAGUCAUCUGACACCCCCUCCCCAUUCCCUCCCCCAGUCAGCUCCUAAAUCUGAACGAGUGUGUGAGGCACAGAUUAGAGCAGAGAGCAGAGGGUUCAGUCUGAAGGUCCUCCAACAGAAAAACACACAAAAUAACCUUUUUAUAACUCUGGGGUGGAAAAUUCAAGAUUCUAAGAUCCGAUCGGACUGAAAACUGAACCAGAACCUGAUGGGUGAAAAAUCCAGACCAGGACCGUGUGUCAAAUUAUGAUCCUGACAAUAACAGUGGGCCAAAUUACAAUCCUGACAGUGAUAGACUAAGAUCAUAAUUUUGAUAGUGAACAGUGUGAGACUGUAAUCUGAGAAGACCAAGCGCUGAAGUCAAAGUGAUGGUUAUGGUGGGUUUCGUUAUAAUCUUAACAGUGUUUUAAUCCUGAUGUUAAGGGUUUGUGUUGGAUUAUAAUCCUGACAAUGACAGUGUAAUAGAUUAUAAUCCUGAAAGUGACAGUGUAAUAGAUUAUAAUCCUGACACUGUAAUAGAUUAUAAUCCUGAAAGUGACAGUGUAAUAGAUUAUAAUCCUGACACUGUAAUAGAUUAUAAUCCUGAAAGUGACAGUGUAAUAGAUUAUAAUCCUGACACUGUAAUAGAUUAUAACCCUGACAGUGACAUCAUAAUCCUGACAGUGAGAUAAUAAUCCUAAAGGGGAGUUGGAUCCUAACUGUUUCAGUGUAAAUUUAUAUUUUUGAUAGUGAGUGUAAAACUUUAGUCCUGAAAGUUACAAUGAAGGAGAUUAUAAUCCCGAAUGUGAAAGUGUGAGAUUAUAAUCCCGAAUGUGACAGUUUGUGAGAAUAUGACACAGGAAGAACGAUGAAUUGAUUGGCGGAUUGAUCGGGCCAGUUUAUGGUAUUUUAAAAUAAUGUGCGCCAGUCUUUAAAGUCACAGUUUGUGACAUUAUCACCCUUACAGUUACAGUGUCAGAUUAUAAUUCUUAGAGUAAAAGUGUGUAGUUUAAAAUCCUGACAGUGAAAGUUUGUUGGAUUUUAUUCUGACUAUAAAACCCUGUGAGAUUAUCAUCCUGAAAUUCACUCCGAUUGAUUAUAAUCAGUUUCAGAUUAGUUCAGAUGUUUUAAUUGCCUUCUUGGAUGAAGUGUUGGUGAACUCUGGGAGAUUCUGAUUGGAGUAAUUGUGCCCAGGUUAGCGCCUCUCCCUCUCUCUCUCUCUCUCUCUCUCUCUCUCACACACACACACACACACAUACACACUCAGAGCUAUAGAUAGAGCAGAGACAGUGUAUUACUCUGUCAGACAGUUGACAGCUGCACAGCUUCCAGUCUGCUCAUACUCUGCUUUUACUCUCAACUUUAAGUGAACACUUCCUUUACUAACUAAACCUAACACUAAGAUUUACCUGUCUGCACUGAGACUAACUCUAAACCUACUUUAAACUGUGUGUGUAUCUCUAUAAUUAACUUCAUCUUUAACGAGGAUUAGUCUGAAGGGACUGAAACUUAAGAAACCAGUCAACAUUUAAGACGGUUGGUAUAUUCUAGUACAACCAGAAAUAGCCUAAAUAUAAAUCUAACUAAGCCUAACCUAAAUAUAACUUAAUCUCCAGUUUCUGAAUCAAAACACUGACAAACCGUGCUGAGAGAAAACAUCUGUCAGCUGUGUUUGUUUACAUCCAGAUAGUCGAGCUUCAUAACACCGUGACAGUAAACAUAAACCAGAGCUACAGUCUGACCAUCCUUCAGACCCUGAGAUAUUCACAUUCUGAUUUUACCUGACUGAUAGUUUUGGUGCUGAUUGGUAAAGAGUGUUGGUGUUUAAUCAUUAAAUACCUUUAACUACAUCCUGGUCCUUCUGUGAGUCACUCUGAGCUCUCAUGAGUCCUGAUAAACAGAAUAACAGCUCUGACUCCACCUCAGCUGCUCUGUUAAAUAUUACAGCAGAGUGUGUUUGGUUCUUCUGCAGAUGUUCAGUUUUAACAGCCGGAAGCUAAAUAUUCAAAAAACUGUUUGAUUGAAUACACAUUUGACCAACCUGAGGUCGUCCUCGUCUUUAUUCUGUGAGCAGUUUUUUCUGUGUUUACUCUUCAAACACGCAGAGAGAAAGAGAGAGACAGCCUGAGUGUGUUUACCUUUUUACAGAAACAAGUUCUGUUCAUACCACCAGGUAAAGGUGUGAUAUUUACACCCUGUAAUGUCUCUCCGUCAGAAUAACAGUCUCAGAGGGGUGAUGGUGGGACCACUGUUCAGCGACCACCUUUUCUCUUGGUCUUAAAGGGAUAUUUCAAUCAUUUUUAAGUGAGUUUGAAUGAGUUGUGUGUCAGUGUGUACACCACCAUAGAUGCCAGUCAGUUUGGCCUCUUUGCUGAGAAACUGCUGCCAGGAACAGGAUGAUCAGUACCCAACCAUUUUUGGCAUACAAGGUUGGCUUCGCCGCCUAAUUUGGCGAAUUCUGAGAGAACUUAACUUUCUGGAGUUUUUCAGCUCUUUACUUCGCCAUCAGAAAGGCUUUUUGGUUUUUGUUUGCUAUCUUUGAGGAAGCAUGAAGUCUCUGUAUCUGCUGCAGGAAAGUACGACUCAGUCCUUUCCUGAUACUAAGAGGGUGCAUGAGUGAGAUAGUAAAAUAGACAUAAGGGUUUACAACAUGCGUUCCUUCGAUUUUUACACACACAGACACACAGCUGUGCUCCAAACUCGAAAUAAAAUACAGUGAAAUGUAGUUCAUUAUUGAGACUGAAGGUUUAGAGACACUUUGUCUUCAUGCUCUUCUUAGUAUGGAGCUGAUCAAAGGAAGCCAGAAGAUGAGGGCACCAUCACCACCUGCUUUAUUUCAGUCCUGCAUGGUUAAAAACUACAGCCUCAGACGUCACCAAGCUUUAAAACUGCUGGACCACAUGGCUGUGUUCACACUGAUUGGCUGGAUUUAUGCUACAUCACUCAGUACGUUUACAUGACACUCGAGAAAACCGAAUUAUCGCCUUAUUCCGAUUAAGACCAGACAACUAAAGUGCACGUGAACACCUUAGUCUGACUCCAGUCUGAGUUUAAGAAUUCAUGUUCUCAAUGCAUGUAUGCCACGCCCCCGUAACCCCGUAACAAAAACACCAGAGUAGAGGAGAAGCGUUCGUCUCAUCUUUAGAAAAAGUUGUAGACACUUCUGACGUCUGACACCGACCUGCUGUUGUUGUUGCUGGAGUAUGGGAUCGGAAACAGCGCCGCUGAAAAGACCCAUAUCGCCCCCUAGUUUUGGGGAGGACACGUUCAUGUCAAUAAUUCAAUUUUCUCAGCUCCGAUUAAACUGUGCAUGUAAACACACUGACUGACACACCUUUGAAUAAUCAAGGAAAUCGAUCAAACUUCUCUGUGAGCCGCUUCACUAACAAAAAGUGGUCGGACAGGCCUGAGUUCACUUUGUGCCAGGCGCUGUAAACAGAAUGGUUAAAUGAGGGCACUGGGGCGCCAAUACUCUGCUGUGGUUGGGUCAGUGUAAGAGUACAAGGGAGUGAUGAUGGCGGCGGCAGAGCGGCGUUAGCGUGGAGCUGCUUCAGGCGUCUGGAAACAUGAAAUAAAAAAACAUCAGAUAAACAACCUGAGUGUGUUUAAGCUUCACAGAGUGUUUGGCUUCAUGCUGUCAUGGAAACGGGAAUAUGUGUUUGCCUGCUGCUGGGGCAGAGCUGAUAAGAAAGCUCUGGAAUGUGCACACACACACACACACACACACACACACACACACACACACACACACACACACACACACACAGUAUUUAUAGACGGUGUGUGUAGGAGAUAAAAGUCGGCCUAAUGUUCAGUUUCACAUUGUGCAGUUUUAUAAACAGUUUAUGUUGAAACACAGUCCACACCUCCACCUGUGUGUGUGUGUGUGUGUGUGUGUGUGUGUGUGUGUGUGUUUCCCUCACUGUCUCUGUUGUUCAAGUUUAUUGGUGUGUGUUUGUGUGUGAGGCUGACUCAAACUUUUUUGUUGUAUCAUCAGUUUGUUGUCAUAGUGAAGUAAAUCUCUCCUCAUGUUGAACCCACAAAGUUAAAGCACUGCUGAUUUCUCUUUUGUUAAUAUGUGUGUGUUCGUUUCAGGCGGAGGCGAGGCUGGCGGCGAAGAGGGCGGCUCGCGCGGAGGCGAGGGACAUUCGAAUGAGGGAGCUGGAGCGACAGCAGAAAGAGGUAAAAGUGCUUCAACACAGAGAGCGACACCGAGGACAGCUGUUUCCACCUGUUUAUUAAUGUUUUCACUCAAGACCUGGACCCAGGUGUGUUGCUAUGGUAACAGACUUCUGUUGCAGGUCACUGGUCUGUCUGUUUGGGUGUGCGGAGGAACUGUCUGUGUUUAUAAUAAGACACAGAAAGCUGCAUGUUCACGGAUCAAACCACACAUCUGCUGCACAGUUAUUCCCUCUGUAAACUCUCCCUCUCUCUCUCUCUCUCUCUCCCUGACUGUUCGUGUUUCUCACUCGCCCUGCAGCUCUCUCACUCUACCUCCAGCAGGAAGUGGGGUCAGAUCCACCAGUGGAUGGUAAACAACAAACUGCAAAAGUCACUAACAGCAUGCUGUGUGAACCGAACUCACUCAGUGACUCGAUCUCAGUCAGCUGAUCCUUGGUCAGCUAAACUCGUCAACUCCCAGCUGAUCCUCACUUUGAGGAGCGCACUGAGCUGAUCGUCCUCAGCUGAUCAUAAGUCUGCUUGUCUUAUUCUGCUGAUACUGUUUUAGGUGAUCUCGCUCAGCUGAUCCUCAGUCAGCUGAUCAUCUCUUAGCUGAUCCUCAGUCAGCUGAUCCUCAGUCAGAUGAUACCUUGUACACGUGUCCAUAGUCAGCUGAUCUGACUGAGUUGAUCCUCACAACCAUUCCUCCAUCAGCAGAUCUUUAGUUACUGGUCUGACAAAGCCUGUGUCAGCUGCUGCUUCUCCACUUCAGCUUCAUUUGCUGAUCCUGGAUCAGCUGGUCUUAGUCCGCCAUCCUCAGUGUUUAAGUCUUUAGCCAGCUGAUCUAAACCAGUUUUACCUGGAUUAUCUGCAGUUAGCUGAUGUCAGUCAGCCAAUCAAAAUCACCUCGCUCUUUGUCAGCUGGUGUGUCCUACCUAAUCAGCUGAUUCUCACUUUGCUGAUCCUCAGUCAGCUGAUCCUCUUUAAGCUUUUCAGUUAGCUGAUCUGACUUAGCUUUUCUGACUCAGCUGAAUCAUAGUCAGCUGAUCAUUAGUCAGCUGAUCUUGAUUUUGCUGAUAUAAUUGUGUGUGUUAUACGUGUGUGUUUUGCAUGUUGAGUUAUUGACCGUAAAGGUUGAAGUCGCCUCAGAAGUACAGAUGAUUGAAAGGUUUUGAUUGGCUUGUGUAGUUAACUCUGUGUGCACGCGUGUGUGUGUGUGUGUGUGUGUGUAGAGGAUUACUGCCUGCUCACAUAGAUGUGUGUGACAUACAGUCGAAGCUGUGGUUAUUUCAGAUCUCUGAUUGGUUGUUCAUGGUGAUGCUGGAAGUUGUGCAUGGUAUCUUCCUCCAGUGUGCGAUGGAUCCUCUUCACUCUUUGACUCCCCUCCUCCUCCUCCCUGUAUCCUUCUUCAUCUCCUCUUCCUUGCCUCCCCUCCUCCUCCUUCCUCUGUAUCCUGCUUCCUCUCUUCUUCCUCACCUCCUCUCCUCUUCCUCCUCUUCCCUGUAUCCUUCAUCUCCUCUUCACUCUUUGACUCUCCUCCUCUGUAUUCUUCUCCAUCUCCUCUUCCUCGCCUCCUCUCUUCUUCCUCCUCCCCCUCUCUGCUGCAGGCUGACACAGAGAAAGCUCGAGCCUCCUCUCGCUCCAGCAGUCGUCACCGUCGGGUCUGUAACCUCCGUGUUCACACUCAGAUAAACAUACAUGUUAAGGCUGCAUGAUUGCAGUGAAAACCUGAAACCUGUCCACGUCAUUAACGCCACGAGACAGCGAGUCAAACCUGCGUAGAUCAUCGUAUUUAUUUAAAGAAUUGUAGAGUUUUUCCACUUGACAGGAUAUCGCAGAGUUGAGAUUUAGUCCCGCCCCUUUUUUCCAGAUAGAGCAGGUGACUCGUCAAAGAAAUUAAAGCACGACGUCUUUAGUCUGAUAUGUUCAACAAUUUCCCAAAGUCAGCCAAUGAGGAGACCUAGACCCUAGAUCUCUAAAGUGACUCUGAACAGUCAAGAUUUAUAUCAUGAUACGAUAGCUCCGCCAAAAGUCAAGACAGAAUCUCUCUAUCGCCCCCUGGAGUAGCGGCUGCCUUUACACAUCAAUAUUUCUUUCAGUCUUUUUUUAAUCGAUGAAGAAGAAGAAAUCUGAUCAUGAUUAUAUUUGAUCAAUCAUGCAGCCCAAAAUUAUUCUAAACACACACACAAGAACACAUUCCUACUGAGUCUCUAUCGGUGUUUUCAUGAUUGUGUUUCCAUGACAACAGGGUCUGGAGGAUGACGUCACAUCAGUGCGCAGUUACAGGGUGCGUUGGUGUCAUAUCCUGCUCUAACGUUUAUAUAAUGAUGAUGGUGAUAUUAUAAUAUGACAGCGACCAUAUUUGGAGUGUCAGAGAAGUUCGUCUCACCCUGUUUUUGUUUCUCUUCCUGUUUGAAGUCGAGCUCCUCGGCGGUUCGAGACCUCGGCUCCUCUAAGAGUCGGUCCAGCUCCCGUAAAAAAGAUGCUCUGGUGUGUGUUUGUGCAUGUGUGUGUGUUUGUGUGGAGUGUAGACUCACAGCAUGUGAGGAUCUCAGGUCUGGCACGGGUUCUGGACCUGAUUCUGGACCUGGUCUUGGUUUGAUGUCGGUGUUGAUUAUCCAGCUGGUCUCUGACUGUCUGUACUCAGAUUAAUCUGUUUGAAGCUCUGCACGUUCAGACUCAUGCACUAUGUGUGUGUGUGUGUGUAUGUGUGUGUGUGUGUGUGUGUGUGUGUGUGUGUGUGUGUGUGUGUGUGUGUGUGUGUGUGUGUGUGUGUGUGUGUGUGUGUGUUGGACGAUUGAAGCACUUGUCUCAGCUCGUCUCUAAAACUGAUUUCACUUUCUUCACUCACAUUAAAAUCAACUUUACAUUACAGCAGACAAACAGCAGAUAUCUGAGGACCCUGAAAAUACAGAGCAGGUCUACGCAUUAGUCUGAACUGUUGACUGAGAGCUUUCAGCUUCUUGGUUUUUGUGUAAAAUAGAUUUUUUUAAAUUUAAUAUUUUAAUUUUUAGCUUUUUUUGACUUAAACAUAACGGACAGGUGAUAGAGACAAGGAGGAGGGGGGUAGGAAUAAGGUAAAGACUAGUUCCCUAAGGGUUCCUCCAGAAAGUGAGGGGUCAAGAAGAACCACCACUGUUUAAAUGAAUACACUUUAAAAAAACAUAUGUUUAAAUACAAAGUAUUAUUUCUAUUUUUGGUUUGUGUUCUGUUAAAACUUCAGGUGUUCUCCUCAAACUAACCUCAGUGUUUGCUGGUUUGCUCAGCUGGUUGAUUAUCUAACCUCAGGUCACCUGACCCGUCUGUGAUGGUUCUGAUUCCGCUGUUCUCUCUUCAGUCUGAUGGACUCUCCUCUAGCUCCGCCCUCAAGUCCUCUCGCUCCACUGUAUGUACCUGUGUGAUGAUCACCUGUCUGCACCUUCCUCCAUCUUCCUUUGUGCUCGCCUGUAUGUACCUCUCUCUCUCUCUCUCUCUCCGCUCAGAGCUCGGUGUUCGGUGAGCUGCACGGACACAGAAAGUCUUCAUCGUCUAAGAAAGACCUGCUGGUCAGUGUGAAGUGAUUAAUGAAAGGGUUAGGGUAUUGAUAAGAGGAUAUUAACGAUCAGAGGGUUAUUAUUUUCAAGGUUAAUCAGUGGUUGAUGUUGGACGGUCUCUCACCGUUGUAUAAAUGAAUUGGUUAAUUAUAAUGAUGUUAAUUAUAGUAAUAAUGAAGACGUUACGUCCUUCAGACUGGACUGUACCACGAUCAGAGGAACUACAGCAGCCUGACAAAGACCAAACCUCCUCCUUCUUCCUCCACCUCUUCUUACCAGCCUCGGGUCUGUCCUCCUGCACCUUCACCUGUCUCUGAACACACACACACUCUUUUUAAAAACACACACAUCAUUUUCACCUCUUUCCACACACUGGGUCUCAUUCAUGUUGUUAUCUCUCAGACUUCGUCAUGUUGAUAUUUCUGAUCAUUGACAUUGAUUCUGAAACAAUCUGCACCCUCACUCUUCAAACACCUCCACCUGUCUCCACCUCCUUCACUCUCUCACCUCCUGCUCCUUCCUCUCUAACAGGCCUCCUCCUCCUCCUCCUCCUCCCUGUCUGUCACAGGGCUGCCUCGCAGCUACAGCACGGUCAGUGUGUGUGUGGGUGUGUGUGUGUGCGUAUACAUUCCUCUGAUAGUCGUUCAGUGUGAGGGUUUAUAUUUAGCUGUUCACACUCUGAGCUUCAGUCUGAUUACACUCAAACACACACACACAGAGUUUCCCCGUCAGACACACACACACACUGUUACACUCACCUCCUCUCAUAGAAAUCAGGAUAUGAUCGUACAUAGAUCACUCUGUCACAGAUAUCAGGGCUUUGAAAGGCCUCCAGUGUCUCCAAAGUCAUGGUGUGUUCAAGGACCUUGAAGCUAACGUGUUUUUCUGAGUUGUCUCCAUGUGUCUUCAGGCUUCUGUGUACGAUGACGCCGGUCUGUACGGCUCAGGCCUCAGCUCUAGAGCUGUAAGUGAGUGUGUGUGAGAGUGUGUGUGUUUUUAUUCUCAUUGUUUAACUUCAUUGAUUGAUUCAAAAACAAAAAUAGACAGAACAGAAGUUUGCUAAAAUGUCAGCGUACUAAAAGCCUGACUUCCAAACUUUUUACAAAGGGCGCAGAAACAUCAAGAUAACUACAUUUUUCAGUUUAUUUUUUGUUUAUUUUAUAAGGUGCAGGAAACCUCAAAGUUUUCUUUACUAACUCAGGUCAGAGUUUAGGGACAAUAAUGCUCAGUGUCCAAAGAAUAAAGGUUGUGAAUUUCAAAAGGUAGACUCCACAUUUCAGAAUCAGAAAUACUUUAAUAAUCCCCGUGAGAAAUUGCUUUUUGUUAUUUUCACUCCAGUACAAAUGAAGUAGAAAGAGGAGAUAAAUUUUAGGUAAAAUAAGUAAAAAUAAAGAGAUAAUAAACAAGUAUGUACACAAUAUACAACACAAAAUAGUAAAAAUAGUUUUAAAAAAAAGUAAAAAAUAGAAAAAAAGUCAAAAAUAGUUUUAAAAAAGUCAAAAAAUAUAUAAAUAACACAAAAAAAGUGAAAAAAAACAGUAUUUUAUGUUAAAAAAGAAAAAAAGAAAAUUAAAUAUUCACACUUGUUUAGGUGUUAAAAUCAGAGUCAAACCUUCAUCUUUUUAGCAACAUACUGAAUACACACUCUAAAAUAUGAGCUGUAAGUUAUUAAAAACACUUUGUAUUUAAAAGUAAACUCAGUUCCUCGACCUCUUUUAGUAAAAAUGUGCCCAGACGAUGCCGUUUAACUGUGUGAGUUUAGUUUUGUCAACCUCCUACUUCAUCAGAUGCUGAAGAUCUGAGAAAUAUUGAUCAGGUUCAGAACCGUAAAUAAAAACGUCAUCAGCGUAGAAGUGAAAACCAAAUAUAGUGGGCCAAGAACUGAACCUUGUGGCCCCCCGUAUGGAUUUGUAGCACAAAUGUUUGGUGUGUGUGUGUUGGACUGGUCAGUUGCUCGGUGUGUCUCCCAUGUCCUUACAUCUGUCCCCCUCCCCUCACCCUUCCUCACCCUCCUCCCUUCUUACCCCCCCCCACAGCCCUCUGAAUACAGCUGGUACUCCUCUGCAGCCAGCUCCACCCGCAGCAGCCCCGUGGUGAGCUCCUCCCUGCUGCAUGAUGCUAACACACACACACACACACACACACACACACACACACACGCACACACACAAAAACACAGAGACAACAAGCCCCGCCCCUGAAGCCCCAUUCACCCCUCACACAGACAGAGUUUGAAUUUUUUAUUUGCAUGUGGCGACAUCCCUGAAUCCAAAACCUGAUAUGAACUCUGAGACUGGAAGUGUGUGUGUGUGUGUGUGUGUGUGUGUGUGUGUGUGUGUGUGUGUGUGUGUUUGUGUGCGUGUGUGUGUUUGUAGUCCUCCUCAGAUGAAGACACAAUGAGCAGUGUGUCUCAGGAGCGAGGCAGCAGAGGCCGCAGAGACAGCGUGGUGAGCUGUGAACCCCUGAUGAUGACGUUAAAAACAUCAUUCAUUCAUAAAUCUGUUCAUGGCUUCAUCAGUUAUUUCUCCUCCUUCCUCUCCUCUCCCCCUUCCUUUCCUUUCCUCUCCUCCUCUCUCCUCCCCAGUCCUCUGAUUUCUCCGACCUCAGUGAGUCGGCUGCCGAUUAUUUCAGCCGCUCUAACAGGCGCGGCAGCGUGGUGUCAGACAUUGAUGAUCUGAGCAUCCCUGAACUCGACGCAGUGAGUCGGUCCUCUGAUUGGAGUGAUGAUGAUGAUGAUGAUGAUGAUGGAUAUUACUAACUGAAGCAUGGUGUAAAUAAAGGGGUCAGUGUGUGGUUGUUGUCUCUUUAAAGGAGAGAUGAGUGUGUCUCAGCAUGGACUGAUGGAGGUUUGUUUUGUCGUCACUCCGUUUUAAAGAAGCUGUCAGUUCACAGAGUAAUCCUCUAACAGAUAUUAAAUAUUACUGAUCUUUUCUGUUUGUAUUUAGUUUGAGUGAAAUGUCUAACAGUCGGGUGAAUCACUCCGAGUCAAACCGAAUUAUCGCCUUACUCUGAUUAAGACCGGACAACUGAAGGUCAUGUAAACACCUUAGUCCGACUGUAAUCGGAGUUUGAGAACUCUGAUUAAGACACCCAGAUAAUGUGAUUGGAAUUUGAUUUUCUCUUCCAUGUAACCAGCGUAGUUGGAGUAUGAUCGGACAAUGCAUGUUUACCACGCCCCCGUAACCCUGUAACAAAACCCCCAGAGUAGAGGAGUAGCGUUGGUCUCCUCUUUAGAAAAAGUAGCGCGUCCAUCAUGUCGGACAAAAACAACGCUGUACGAUGCUCCAUCUUCUUGUUUCUCCAAAAUGCCCAGCAGCAGUUGUAGACACUUCUGACGUCUGACACCGACCUGCUGUUGUUGUUGACGGUUGGAUGGGGUCGGAAACAGCGCAGCUGAAAAGACCCAUAUCGCCCCCUAGUGUUGAGGAGGAGGACACGUUCACGUCAAUAAUUCAAUUUUCUCUUACACGAGGACAAGGAGAGAAGUCUGAUUCAGCUGUGCAUGUAAAUGUACUGAAUUCUUCUGGUUAAAACUCAGUUUUCUUCUAUGAUUAAGUUUUUUAAAGAUUUUGAGGAUAUAAUUUUCCUAAUAAGUUUGUAAGAAAAUAAAGUCCUAAUGUUACAGAAUAAAGUCGUAGUCAUGUCAGAUUAUUAUAAAGUUCAUAUGCCAGCACAGGUAAUCCAUCAGCUGUUUAGAUAGCUUUGUGAAACAACAUUUGUUGUGAAUCAGUGAUGUAUAAAUAAAGAUUGAUUGACAGCUGGCAGCGUGACACUGAUCCAUGGAUGACUGCAAAUCUACGACGCCUUUCUCAAGUUGUUUGUGAUCCAUCUUAUCAGUCAGAGCAGGUUUGAAUCCUUCUGUCUCAGCUGAACUACAUCGAUGGUCCUGAAUUCAGGCUCUCUUCAGUGUUGUUGAUCAGGUUUAAAUUCAAUAUUUAUUUGUUUAAUUUUGUACUUUUUUAGUUAGUCUUUUGUCGUUGUUUUAGGCUUUUGUUUUCUGUCCUUUUGUGAAACACUUUGGCCUUCACGUCUGUGGGUGAAACAUAAAUAAAGAGUAAAGCUGAUGAGUUAACAGACAUGUACCUGGCUUUAGUAGUUUUAUCAAUGAAGCUUAGAUGAAUAAAAACAUUUCAGCUUCACGGUUUAAAGUUUUUCUCUUAUUUUUAAAUUGAAGUUUUCUUAAGUGAUAUUUUUCUGUCGUCUCUUAAUAUUUUUCACCGUUUUUUCGCUUUUCUUCUUCUGUGGUGUUUGAUCUGAGAACAUGCAGCACUGAUGUCUCGCUCACAUUAACCCUUAUUGACCCGAUUGACCUGAUUGACAGGAAGCAGCUCGCAGCAUGUCGCCGCUGCACGCUCUAAAAACAUUUUAAAAAAUGACCUUCUAACAGGAUUUUUUUGUUUUUGUUUUUCAGCUGGAUGAAAAAUGUGACAAACAGUAUUCAGACUUCAGCCGGGUGAGUGUUUACAUUCAUGGACAGAACAGCUGAUCUGUGCGCUAACAUCAACAAAUAUGACAUCACUUCCUGCAGGAUCAGCUGAUUCUAACAGACGUGUGAUAGCUGGUUGUGUUUUUUUGCUCUCUAUAAAUAUGAUUGAUUGAUUGGUUGAUUGAUUGUGUGUCUCCAGCCUUCGUCCCGCUGUGCGACACCUGGCCUCUCAGCGGCCACGCUGGCGUCUUUGGGUGGCACGUCAUCUCGGCGUGGAAGCACCGACACGGGCAGCAUUUAUGACCCGGACACGAGUCUGAGCGAGCUGAGGGUGAGAGUGGGCGGGGUUUAAAUCCUGUUUUAAAUGUUUAUAUUAUCUGCAGUAUUUAUGUGGGCGGUCUUAAAUAACAGAAACACAUGACUGUGACCUUUGACCCUCCGGAUGCUUCUCCUCCUCACAGAGCGCCAUGUUCUCGCUCUGAAGAGCUCUAAUUUACCGCAGUCCUCUCUGCAUUUGAACGUCUCACAGAGUUUCCUUCUGCUUUGACUGUUUCUUUAAGAGUGACUCUUUCUUUGUGGGGGGGUCAUGUGACUCUCUUUGUGGGGGGGUCAUGUGACUCUCCGACAGCGGCUCAGGUGCUCUGUUACCUCUCCCUGAUUUAUCCCCCCCCCCCUCCCCCGUGCUCUGCAGGACAUCUAUGAGCUAAAGGACCAGAUUCAGGAUGUAGAGGGGCGCUACAUGCAGGGGCUGAAAGAGCUGAAGGUAGAGGGGCUCCCAGCAUGCUCUCUGCUCUCCCCCAGGGCUCCCAGCAUGCUCUCUGCUCUCCUCAGGGCUCCCAGCAUGCUCUCUGUUCUCCUCUCUCGCACCUAUGUACCCCCCCCCCCCUCCCUCACACACCUGUCUCCUGCCUGCUCUGUCUGGUCCGUUCCUCCUUCUGCAUGACUCUCUCACUUCCUCUGUGUUUUUGGAUGGGCGUGGUCUGAUAGAGAAACUCCCACAAUGCAUCUGGAACACCUUUGUAGGCAUCAGUGAAGCACCCCCCCUGCUGGCAGAAAUCAGUCAUGUCACCUGUCUAACUUUUCAAAUGAAGAGAGAUUAGUAAAGUUCGAGUUUACUAACCUGUCUGAAUUACUCACCUGGUUAAUUAGAUCACUGUUAGUCUGGUUAAUCAUUCACACCUGACAGUGAUCAAUGUCAUUAAAGAUCAAUGAUGAUCACUGAUGACCACUCUGAUCAUUCUGAUAACAAUAAAUCAAUAGUAAUCAUUCUGAUCACCCGUCACUAAAAUCUCUGAUCACUUCUCUUCCUACUGAUCUUUAUUAAUCUUGGUGAUCUCCUUUGGUCACUACAAACAUUAUUGAUCACUAAUGAUCACAUACCAUACCUUCACUACAGUCCACAAUUAUCAUCAAUGAUCACCUAUAAUCACUCUGAUCAUUGAAGAUCCAUUAUGAUCACUGAUGUCACCGACUGCUUCUGAUUGCUUUAUAUGACUACUGAUCUUUAAUGAUCAUUUUGAUUAUAAAUGAUCAUUAAAGAUCAUUAGUGAUCAUUAGUAAUCAUUAAUGAUAACUGAUAAUCACUAUAGUCAGGUGCAAAUAUGACUUGACCCCAAAAAAAUGGCUACAUUCACUCUGCAGGUUCUGAUGCACAAUUCAGAUUUUUCGUUAAAUCCGAUCUUUUUGUGCGGUCGUUCACGUUACGACAACGAAUGCGUCCUUGAAGUGACCCGCAUGCACACAAAUAUCUUUCCACGCCUGUUUGUGUUGAACAAUGGUGACGUUUGUCGCAUAUUGAUGACGUAAAGGUCGGAUGAACGCGACCUGAGCGUCCACACUGCAGUCACAUCAGAUACAUAUCUGAUUUAUAUCCACAUACAGAAGAGGCCUGGGUCGGAUCAGAACCAAUCAGAACUGACCGGUUCACACUUAGAUGAAAACAUCAGAUAUGAGUCACAGACGGUUAAAACAUCAGAAUUGACCUGCAGUGUGAAUAUAGCCUAAUUCUAACAAAGGUUUCUCAGCUGUUUUUUAUAGUAUUAGAUGUUCUUAAUAACAGAAUAAAAGUUUACCAAAGUUUGACCACGAGAAAGGCGUCAUUUUCAAGAUGACAGAACAUCUGAUUAAACUUGUAAUAUAAAAAAUAUUUGUCUUAAUGUAAGUUAUAAUCUUAGGAAGUUUCAUGGUGAUAUCUGUUAUUUAAAAAUUUUACCCUAUUCCCCUGGGGUGUCUCCCCGGGCUUCCUACCAUCAUGGACGCCAUCUUGAAAAUGACGCCUUUCUCGUGGUCAAACUUUGCUUAACUUUUAUUCUGUUAUUAAGAACAUCUAAUACCAUAAAAAACAGCUGAGAAGAAUUUGUUAGAAUUUUUUAGGGAUAGGUGUUUUUUUUUUGUUUUCAUAAAUGCACCCGCCUACUAAUGAUCACCUCAGUUACCAUGGUAACCUGUUCGAUUUCUUCACUCACUGUGUAGAGUAAAGCUCAGAAGUUUUUCUCUCAUAUUAGAGAUCAAAAUCUCGGUGUUUGUCGUUUGUGCGUUUAAGUGUCUCUAAAGCGUUUGGUGCACUCAGGUGAGUUUGUCUUUGGCUCCGCCCCCUCAGGAGUCCCUAGUGGAGGUGGAGGAGAAGUACAAGAAAGCGAUGGUGUCCAACGCUCAGCUGGACAACGACAAAGGAAACCUGAUCUACCAGGUGGACACGCUGAAGGACGUCAUCGAGGAGAUGGAGGAGCAGACGUCUGAGCUGAAGAGGGAGCUGGAGGAGAAGACAAAGGUGAGACACACCUGUCCUGUCCGUACCUGUUCACACCUGUGAGGAUCAGACCCGUGUUUAAUGUCAUGACUGUGUUUCAGGAGCUGGAGAGGCAGAAACACACGUGUUCAGUUCUGCAGCACAAACAGGAAGAACUGAAGGAGGGGAUCAGACAGAGAGACGAGCUCAUACAGGUGAUCACAUGACCUCAUCACACCUUUACACAGGUGUCAGUGCGCUCUGCGGGGACCUGAUCAGGAGUGAUUGACAGCUAUAGGCCCCUCCCCUUCUCUCACUCUAUUCAUCGAUCUCUCCUCACCUGUUCCUCCGUUUCACCUGUCAUACCUGUUUGUUUCUCUCUGUUCGUGUUCAUUCUGUCCUCCUGUCCUCUCCUCUUCAUCACCUCACCUGUCUCCUCCUCCUCCUCCUCAUUGUCGUCGUCUCACCUGCGGCCCCCCAGGAGAACCAGAGGCUGCAGAGUCAGGUAGACGUGUUGAGCAGGGAGGUGUUUGACCUGCAGGAGACCAUAAACUGGAAGGACAAAAAGAUCGGGGUAACUCAGGCUGUCUGUGCAUGACCCACACCUGUCGGCUCCCACACACACACACACACACACACACACACACACACCUGAGCCUGUCCACACCUGGACCUGUCCACAGGCAUGCCGGGACUUGUCCUGACCUGGACCUGUCCACACCUGUCCAUGGUGACAGAGUGACUCCUGCAUGUGGUGACCAGAGUGUUGAGCUAACAGCGUGAGCCCGUCCAAUCAUGAAAGAGUAUUCAAUCUGAUUAACGAGAGCCUGUGUGGGUGUUAACGAGGUCGUUAAAGUCCAAUUAAGGUCGUUAAAGUUCAUUUAAGGGUUAGGGGAAGUUAAUCCUGAUAAGUGAGCUCAUAAAGUCCGACUGUGUGAUACAGAGGAGGCGUCACCUGGUGAGACAGGUGAGACGUCUGCACAGGUAGAAGGACUCCGUCUACAGGAAGUCUUUGUGUCCUUUCAGAAUAAGACAGGAAGUAAGCAUGAGUCAAAAUAACAGCCUCUUCAGCAUGAGUUCAGUCAGAGAGUUUGAACUUAAAGAGCACCUGCCUCUGCAUGUUCACCUGUGUGUGUGUGUGUGCGUGUGUGUGUGUGUGUGUGUUUUCCUCUCAUGCAUGCUGCCUGUUUGUGUGUGUGAACAUGUCUUCUUGUCUUCUGCUCUGUCUCUGAUGUCCUCUCCUUCUCUGUCAUCUCUUCUUCUUCUUCUCCACCUCUCUCUCUCUUCGUCCUCGUCCUCCUCCUCUUAUCUCUGACCCCGCCCCCUCGCGGCGUCCUCAGGCUCUAGAGAGACAGAAAGAAUACUUUGAUUGCAUUAGGAGUGAGAGGGACGAGCUCAGAGACGAGCUCGCUGACAUCAAAGCGAAGACGAAGGCGGGACAGGUGAGUCUUCCUCAGCUCCAACACCUGGACAGGAAGUUCAGAAUUCUCUGACCUGAUUGGUUCAGAUGGUUAUUUAUUGAUUCAGUGGUUUGUUUGUAAAUGUCUUUCUUACCUUUAUUCAACAUAUUUACCCCCCGGUACAGACACACCUGUUUACCUGUCACCUUCGUCUUCACAUUAACAAUAAUGAUAAUAAUAAUAAUAAUAACAACAAUAAUAAUAAUAAUAAUAAUAAUAAUUUGAUAUAAUGAUAACAACAAUAAAAAUAAUAACAGCAAUAAUUAAGAAAUGAGUGUAAUAAUAAUGAUUAUAAUAAUAAUAAUAAAUUAAAUGUAUAAUUAAUUAUUAUUUUAUUAUAUAUAUAUAAUAACACUAAUAAUAUUUAUAAUAAUUAUAAUUAAUUAAAAUAAAUAAUUUAUAAAUAAUAAUAGUAAUAACAAUAAUUAUUAUAAAUUGAUAUAUUGAUAAUUACAACAACAAUGAUAAUAACAAUAAUACAUGAACAUAUAUAUAUAAUAAUAAUUUUAACAACAACAAUAAUAAUAAUAAUAAUAAUAAAUAAUUAUAAUUAAAAUAAAUAAAAAAUAAUAAUGAUAAUAGUUAUAAUGCAAUAAUAGUAAUAAUAAUGUAUUUUAUUCACAGGUGCCAUUUGAAACACUUAAGGUCCACUAACAACAGAAGUUAAAACUUUUAAACUUGGUCGUGAAGCAGUGGAGUUGAAAUCAGACAGACAGACAGACAGCGCUUAAACAUUCAGAUAUUUACCUGAGCUCCUAAUGUUCUUACUCCACCUGUAAACACCUCCACCUGUCUAACCUCCAAGGGGUCAGUUAGGUGAGAAGUGAUGUCAGAUAUAAACAGGUGACGUAGAUAUCUGUCCGGCACACUCUGAUCUCUGAUUGGUCAUUAUCAUUGACACCUGUCCCUCUCUCUUUACCCCACCCCUCUCUUUAGAAACACGGGUUGGUCAUCAUCCCUGAUGGAACUCCAAAUGGAGACGUUGACCACGAGUGUCCGUCCUCAGGUAUCACUGUGGUCUCCCAGGAGGCCGCCCAGGUGCUGGAGUCUGCAGGCGAGGGGCCGCUCGGUAAGUCUGACUUAAAGACGUAUAAACGCUCUGUGCCCAUCAGGAGCGAUUUAUCCGCUUUAAUAUCAGUUUAUUUCACACACACAAAAAAAACAUGCUGUAUGUUUGUUUGUUUUCAGACGUGAGGCUCCGUAAGUUAGCGGAGGAGAAGGACGAGCUGCUGUCUCAGAUCAGGAAGUUGAAAAAUCAGCUGGAGGAAGAGAGACAGAAACAGACGAAGACAGACGGGGCGUUUACGGACGGGGAGAGAGUGGAAAACGGUACCGACCUACAUUUCAUCGAGAUGCAGAGUGAGUUCAAACACAAACACGAUUAAAAACACAAACACGAUGAACGCAAACAGUGAAGUAAAUAAGAAAUCCUGUUUUAUACUGUGUGGAAAACUAUAUGAUGAUCCUGGCAGGUAUUAAAGUAAUCUACACCUGUGUGGAAAUGUUAACCAAAAAGAGUCUCUGAUGUAAAUGUUUGUUAAAAAACCUUCAUCCUUGUGUUUUUUAGGAGACGCUAACAGACAGAUCAGUGAAUAUAAAUUCAAACUCUCCAAAGCGGAGCAGGAAAUGGGUACGAUGGAACAAAACGUGAGUAUCAGCCGAGUUUUUACAGAAAAUCAAAAUUAAAAAAAGGAUUUUAAAAGUUUUUAAGUCAACGUCUUUCUUCAUUUGUUUCAGAUUAACAGACUAGAAGGUCAGGUGAGUCGCUACAAAGCUGCAGCUGAUAACUCGGAGAAAGUGGAGGACGAACUGAAGGCGGAGAAACGUAAACUACAGAGAGAGGUACACACACACACACACACACACACACCUGUUCAUAUGAACACAUACGCAGGUAUUAAUUACAACAGAAACUCUUCAUAAUGUCUGACACUGUGAUGUUAAACAUUAGGGCUGGGCGAUAAAACGAUAAAAAUAUAUAUCAAAAAUUAAUUUCCCUCAAUAUCGAUAUAAAACAUGAUCAAUAUGCUUUUCAAUAGUCGUCAUUCUGACAUGUUUUGGUCGACUAUACGAACAGCCAAUGAAAAGGGGAGUGUAUCCGGGUCUGAACCAAUCAUGUUCUGAAUUAGAACCAAGUAUCAACCAACUGCAGCGUCGUAGCAGACAGCAGCUCCACCCAACCAUAGCACUUUAACAGGUGAAGCCGACAGCACUGUUGGUGAGAAACAAAGAAAAUGAGUGCUACCCCCGACAGAAAUGACCAUGAAGGCUCAACAGAUGACCACAUCAAUGUCAACCACAACACUGGCGUUAGGAAAACGUCGGUGGUGUGGAGGUAUUUUGGUUUUUGGAGGUCGGACAUGAAGCAGAGUAAUGUGGACUGUAAAUUAUGUCGAGUACAUGUUCUCACAAAGUCGGGGAAUACCUCAAAUCUUUUUCACCACCUGAAGCAGCGCCACGCCGCAGAGCACGCGCAACGCAGAAGGUUACCAACCCCAAGCAACGCCGUACGAUGAUGUCGAAGAGACACAAAGACCUCACAGAUGCAGGAGAUUAUUGUAUUGGAAAAGACAUGAGACCAAUAAACUCUGUUACAUUUCAUUUUUAUAUCCUGAUAUUGAUCGAUAUCAGCUGAUAUGAAAAAAAUAUAUUGUAAUAAACUUUUUCCCGUAUCGCCCAGCCCUACUACACAUUAAAAACAACAUGUCCAAAUAGCCUAUUUUAUAAAAAUGAUUUUAACUCUGUCCGAAAAUUAAACGUCAACGUUACUAAAAGGAUUCAGGCUCUCUGACUCAGACUUCAGUAGGAUGAGGUGGAAACUUCAGAGCAGACACUGUCAUCACUCUCUCUUCCUCUUCCUGUGUCUCUCGCUCGCUCUCACUUCACUUUAAUCGGCUUUAAAUAAAAGAGUGGAGGAUGCAGCUGCUCCUGGAGAGAGAGAGGAGAUCCUGUUCAUGAGGAGCAGAGAGGAGGACACUGUAACAGUGACGCUGACUCAGCAGGUUUCUGAGGAAAUCCUUCAUAGAUCUUUGGAAACGUUCUGAUCCGUUUACAGGGCGGAUAGUGGUCCUGACUUCGGCCCCUCGAUCGUCAAAAUAUGACAAUCGUCUUGAUUUACUUGCAACUAGAAAAAACAAACAUACAAGCCGAGACAUGUGUGAAACCGUCUUGACAUCGGAGUGACGCGAUCGCGGGGCACUCGUCAAUAAAAAUGAGGCUCCACGGGUCUGUUUCUAUAAUAAUCCUCCGUGAGUUUAUUUACAACACACCAAUAAGUUCCAAAAAUCACAAUUCGUCCUUAACAAGUGCAAAAAAACCAAGUGCAAUAACCCAUGUGCUCUCUCUCUCCAACCUGCUCGCUGCACUUGUUCGUUAUUGAAGUAGAUAUUUAGACUCUCAUGCAUCUGUUUUCUGUGUGUGUGUGUGUGUGUGUGUGUGUGUUUCAGCUGCGUACGGCGUUGGAUAAGAACGAGGAGAUGGAGAUGACUAAUAACCACCUGGUGAAGCGUCUGGAGAAGAUGAAGGCGAACAGGAACGCUCUGCUGUCUCAGCAGUGACCCCGCCCACCAACCCGCUCCCCCUUCCACCCCGCCCAGUCUUCAUCACCAUGAAGCCCUUAAAGCUGACCUUUGACCUCUGACUGCCAAACUGCGUCUGCAGCACAUUUCCUGUUUUACCUGAAACACUCUGCGAUCUUUAGCUAACCCAAACUCUGACCGUGUAGCACAGAAUCGAAACGAACGUUUUUAAAGAAGCAUUAAAGUGUAAAGAUUUGGGAGAAAGCCGAGAGGACGAUUCACUACAGAUUAAGAUUAUUUCAUCAUGUUUGAUUUAGUUUCUGCUCGGGUGCUUGGCUCUUCUUUGUUUUGUUGUUAUUUUUUUUCAUAAGUUGCAUGAAUGAGCGUUGAGUUUCUCUCCGAUCCUGACGUCCUCUCACAGUGAAGUGCCUUUACACACACUAACAGGUACAUGAUGAUCUCAAACCGACCGUGUUUGCUGCCGUUUCUCUGCAAUUUUUCAAAUAUUUAAAAGAUUUCUUGAAAAUAAAUGUGUAAUUUACAGAG